ACGGGAGCAUCGUCUCUGGCUGCCCGGGCGGUGAGCACAGCAGAGCUGUCAGCGGGCUGGGAGCGAGGGAGCGGAGAGCGGAGCGCUCAAUCCUCGCGGCCCGGAGCCAGUGCGCGCUUUCCCUGCAGAGGCUGCCUGCGGCCGGCCGACCGCAGCGGGACAGGCGGAGAUGUGGCUCCGCGCCCCGGGGUCGACGCGGGGGAGGGGCCGGGCGCGGCUGGCGGGGGCUCCCCGCUGCGGACUCUCGGUUCCUUGGAGCCCCGCCUGGAUUUGUUGCUGGGCGCUCGCCGGCAGCCAGGUGGCCUGGGCUGGGGACCUGCCCUCUUCCUCCAGCCGCCUGCUUCCUCCUUGCCAGGAGAAAGAUUACCACUUUGAAUAUACAGAAUGUGAUAGCAGUGGCUCCAGGUGGAGGGUUGCCAUUCCGAAUUCCGCAGUGGACUGCUCGGGCCUGCCUGACCCCGUGAGAGGCAAAGAAUGCACUUUUUCCUGUGCUUCUGGAGAGUAUCUAGAAAUGAAGAACCAGGUAUGCAGUAAGUGUGGCGAAGGUACCUACUCCUUGGGCAGUGGCAUCAAAUUUGAUGAAUGGGAUGAAUUACCAGCUGGAUUUUCCAACGUUGCAACGUUCAUGGACACUGUGGUCAGCCCUUCUGACAGUAGGCCAGACGGCUGUAACAAUUCUUCUUGGAUCCCUCGUGGAAAUUACAUAGAGUCAAAUCGUGAUGACUGUACAGUGUCUUUGAUCUAUGCUGUGCAUCUCAAGAAGUCAGGUUAUGUCUUCUUUGAGUACCAGUAUGUCGACAACAACAUCUUCUUUGAGUUCUUUAUUCAAAAUGAUCAGUGCCAGGAGAUGGACACCACCGCAGACAAGUGGGUAAAGCUCACGGACAAUGGAGAAUGGGGCUCUCAUUCUGUAAUGCUGAAAUCAGGCACAAAUAUAUUAUACUGGAGAACUACAGGCAUCCUUAUGGGAUCUAAGGUGGUCAAGCCAGUGUUGGUAAAAAAUAUCACAAUUGAAGGUGUGGCAUAUACAUCAGAGUGCUUUCCAUGUAAACCAGGCACCUUCAGUAAUAAACCAGGGUCAUUCAACUGCCAAAUUUGUCCCAGAAACACUUAUUCUGAGAAGGGUGCAAAAGAAUGCAUCAAGUGUGCAGAGGACUCCCAUUUUUCAGAGGAAGGAUCCAGUGAGUGUAUGAAGCGCCCUGCCUGUAACACAAAGGACUAUUUCCAGAUCCACACUCCAUGUGAUGAAGAGGGAAAGACACAGAUAAUGUACAAGUGGAUUGAGCCCAAAAUCUGCCGGGAAGAUCUUACAGAUGCUAUUAGGUUGCCCCCUUCUGGAGAGAAGAAGAAUUGUCCACCUUGCAACCCUGGAUUUUAUAACAAUGGAUCAUCUUCCUGCCAUCCCUGCCCCCCUGGAAUGUUUUCAGAUGGAACAAAGGAAUGCAGACCAUGUCCAGCAGGAACAGAGCCAGCACUUGGGUUUGAAUAUAAAUGGUGGAAUGUCCUCCCUGGCAACAUGAAAACUUCCUGCUUCAAUGUUGGGAAUUCUAAAUGUGAAGGAAUGAAUGGUUGGGAAGUGGCUGGAGAUCAUAUCCAGAGUGGGGCUGGAGGCUCUGAUAAUGAUUACCUGAUCUUAAAUAUGCAUAUACCAGGAUUUAAACCACCCACAUCUAUGACUGGAGCCAUGGGGACUGAACUGGGACGAAUAACUUUUGUUUUCGAGACCUUCUGUUCUGCAGACUGUGUUCUGUACUUCAUGGUGGAUAUUAAUAGAAAAAGUACCAAUGUGGUGGAAUCCUGGGGUGGAACAAAAGAAAAACAAGCUUAUACUCACAUCAUCUUCAAGAAUGCAACAUUUACAUUUACAUGGGCUUUCCAGAGAACUAAUCAGGGUCAAGAUAAUAGACGUUUCAUCAAUGACAUGGUGAAGAUUUAUUCUAUCACUGCCACUAAUGCAGUUGAUGGGGUGGCGUCCUCAUGCCGUGCUUGUGCCCUUGGUUCUGAACAGUCAGGUUCAUCGUGUGUCCCCUGCCCUCCAGGCCACUACAUUGAGAAAGAAACCAACCAGUGCAAAGAGUGUCCAACUGACACCUACCUGUCCAUACAUCAGGUAUAUGGCAAGGAAGCUUGCAUUCCAUGUGGACCUGGAAGUAGAAACACUCAGGAUCACUCAAGUUGCUAUAGUGACUGCUUUUUCUACCAUGAAAAAGAAAACCAGAGUUUGCACUAUGACUUCAGCAACCUCAGCAGUGUGGGUUCACUAAUGAAUGGCCCCAGCUUUACCUCUAAAGGAACAAAAUACUUCCAUUUCUUCAAUAUCAGUUUAUGUGGGCAUGAGGGGAAGAAGUUGGCUCUCUGUACCAACAAUAUAACAGACUUUACUGUAAAGGAAAUGGUGGCAGGGUCAGAUGAUUACACAAAUUUGGUAGGAACAUUUGUGUGUCAGUCAACUAUUAUUCCUUCUGAAAGUAAGGGUUUCCGAGCAGCCUUAUCAUCACAAUCCAUCAUUCUGGCAGAUACGUUUUUAGGAGUCACAGUUGAAACAACACUACAAAAUAUUAAUAUAAAAGAAGGUAUGUUCCCAGUAUCACCAAGUCAACUACCAGAUGUGCAUUUCUUUUACAAGUCUUCUACAACUACACCAUCUUGUGUUAAUGGCCGAUCAACUGCUGUGAAAAUGAGGUGUAAUCCUACUAAACCAAAUGCAGGAGUGAUUUCAGUCCCUAGUAAGUGUCCAGCAGGCACCUGCGAUGGCUGUACAUUCUACUUCCUGUGGGAAAGCACUGAAGCUUGCCCUCUGUGCACAGAGCACGACUUUCAUGAAAUUGAAGGGGCCUGUAAAAGAGGAUUUCAGGAGACAUUAUAUGUGUGGAAUGAACCUAAGUGGUGCAUUAAAGGGAUUUCUUUACCUGAGAAAAAGUUGUCAACCUGCGAAACAGUUGACUUUUGGCUGAAAGUGGGUGCUGGUGUGGGGGCUUUCAUAGCCGUUUUGCUGGUGGCUCUAACUUGCUAUUUCUGGAAAAAAAAUCAGAAAUUGGAGUACAAAUAUUCUAAAUUAGUAAUGACGACAAAUUCAAAAGAAUGUGAACUCCCAGCUGCAGACAGUUGUGCUAUCAUGGAAGGAGAAGAUAAUGAAGAGGAAGUUGUAUACUCCAAUAAAAAGUCAUUACUGGGAAAACUGAAAUCCUUGGCAACAAAGGAAAAAGAAGACCACUUUGAAUCUGUUCAGCUGAAAUCCUCAAGAUCUCCAAAUAUAUGAACUGCAAACUGAUGAACAAGCAAAACUACUCUAGUUUUAUGGGACCAUAGUUUAGAGUCCAUCCUCAUACCUGGCACAUUGGUGAUCUCACAGUGGGCCAUAUUGCUGAAAAAGGAAGGAGGCUGAAAUGUUUGAUUGCCUUAUCCCAUGGUCAAGUAUCUUUGCAAAAACAGGAAAGCAAAUGGUUUGGGUCUCAAGUAAAGAUGAAGCUCAACUCAGGAAGAGAUUUAUCUGUAUAUAUUUAUAAGUGAAAACCAAGAUUACACCAACCAGUGCACUGCUGAUGCAUGCCAUAUAACUAAUGGAAAAUGUUUGUUCUUUACAAUUUCAACAUAAAAUAUGUUCUUUGAGCAAAGAUGUGCACAUAUGCAUUGUGGUUCCACUUAUGCCUUUUCUUUGUUUAUAUUCAUGGGGAUAUUUGAGAAAUUUUAAGGUAUAGUUAUUUUCCCCAUUAUUUAUUUUCCUGAUGAACCUGAAAACAUCUUUUCUAUUAAAAUGGUGAAUAAUGAAAUACAAUAAAAUUUCCACUUUUUCUAUAGGGCAUAUUUCUUGAUUACAGAAGAAGCCUAAGUAAGCAGUCAUUUUUUGGGCUAGCAGGUGUUGGGGUUACCUAAACUUCUAUUCACUUUUGAGAUCCUACCCUUGUUGGAACAAGUAAAAGGGCUUGACUGUAAGUGUUGAGUGCAUUAAGAAAUAAAGGCAAAAAAGCUUUUGCUUUCCAUUAAUACAAACUGACACUAUAAUAGAAGUUAGAUGGCUUAAAACAGUUUGUGCAGUGCCUGAAAUGAGUGGGAAAACUUGUUUAACAAAUCACUUGGGAAAUCAUAAAUCAUAAAGUAGGAUGGUUUGUAUAUAAGUACAGAUCACUGUUUAAAGGUAUUGUGAUAAUUUUAUGGUCUCCAGAAAAUGGUAGUGGUACCAUUUGCUCUAUGGACAAGCAUCAAAGGAUAUAUGGUUAUUUUUCUGCUAUAAAAUUUUGAGAACUGUGACUUCCAUGGAAGUUUUUAAGUCAAUAUGGCAGUUAAAUUUUGAAGAUUGCAUAUGAUUAUAUUUAUAAUAAGGUUGUUUUAUCCUAAGCAGUUAUGAAAUUAGUGUUGUCUUUAUUCAACAGUGAUCCAGAUAAUUGUGACACUUUCUGUGAUGCUUGGAACAUCCCAUGACGGUUUUAUCAUAUAACGAUUAGUGGUCCUAGCACAACUUGAAUAUUACUUGUUGAAGGAAGUUUGAAUUGAAUUUGACCAAUUUUGUAAAAACCUUAAUUGUUUUAAAAGUAGGAAAGAGGAGGAGUUUCCUGGCCAUUGCUGAUCAGAGAUAUGCUAGUUUGUCUUCAAUAAACAGUAAUAGUUAUAGUUCUUAAACCAAUUUUUUUUUUAAAGAAAGACUGCUGAUUAUCUGAGAAAGGCAGAGCACAUGAGUAGGAUUUGUUGAGUGUUUAAUCUCAUCUUUCAGUGAAAUAUAACUUUUAGCUUUUGAUUCAGCAAAUGAUAUCUUUAUUUCUGUAGAAAGUAGAAGAAAAAUAAUUGCGUUUCAUUGUCAGAUGGGUAGAACACUGAAUCACUGUGUUAUUGUUGAAUGAAUGUUUUGUAUAUAUUCCCCCUUUUUUCCUAUUAUGCUUGAUAGGACAGAGAGAAAUUGAGAGCGGAGGGACAGAUAGAGAGGAAGAGAGACAGACACUUGCAGCCCUGCUCCACCAAUUGUGAAGCCCCCCUCUUGCAGGUGUGUGCAUAUUUCUGCUGUUGGACUCAUCGGUGUAGGUGAGGUUAUCGUUACUGUAUUGCUUGUUGUGGGGUUCAGGGAUGGUAUCACUCAGCAUACCUCCUCUUCAUGAUUAAUUUCUUUCUUUUUCCUUUUUUUUUUUUUUUUUGCCUCCAGGGUUAUUGCUGGUGCUCGGUGUCUGCACUAUGAAU